CAGUGAUUAGCGACGAUAUGCAAUUGCAAAAUUCAAGAUACAACAAUUCGAUUUUUUUGUUGAGUGCGAUGGAUGCUGUUCACAAUCUGAUUGAACAGUAGAAUUCCGAUUGGUUGACAUGGAUAUCAGGGGCUUCCCCACCUCUCCUAUGACUGUGGGAGGGGAUGGUCCUUACAUGAACCCGCUCUUUGGAGAUGGUUCCACACCCAAGCAGACCGCCUUCACACCUCAUAACAAUCCUGUCUGGUCUCCGCAAGCUGAAGCAGAAGCACACCUGCCACUUCCUCCUCCACCAUCAGACUUUCUCGGCCUGGCCCUGCAGCCAUCAGGUGCUGCAGGUGCACCAGCAGAAGUUGCGGAGGAGGGAGCAUUUGCAGAUGUGAUGGCAGAGCUGAUGCAGGAGGCAUUUGACAGCGCAGAGGCCGUGCGCAGAUUCGCCGUCAUCUGCCAGGACAAUGCUGCUGCGCUGCGGGAGCAGGCAACGCAGCAGCAGAACAGGGCGGCCAGGGCGCUGCGGCUGCAGGAGCAGGCAGCUGCGCUGGAUGCGGAGGCAGCCACCUGGCAGCUGCUCUGGCACCUUUAUGGAGUCCGUGAUGCAACGUUUCCUGCAGGAAACGGCGGGCGGCCCGGGCCGGGCUCCGGGCAGAGUCUCACCAUCGCACAGCGCGCUGCUGGCAUCCUUGCCGAAGAUGAGAAGCUGAAUUGGGUGGCCAGAGUGGUUGCCUGGUUAGAAGCGCUGGCGGCUGAGGCGCUCGACCGCGGCGAGGCGGCGGCCGUGCGAGGCGGCGGCAGCGGAGCGCGGUUUGCGCGGUGGGAGGGCGUGCCGCGUGAGACGCGCCAGCGGCUGGACACCCGAGCCGCGCCGGGCCUCGGCCGUGCCGCCGCCGACGCCAUUGUGACAGAGCUCGACCCCGAUGCGCCCACACGGCAGCAGCGGAGAUGGGCGGACAGCAACGUGAAGGAUGAGGAGCGGCUGAUGCGGCAGCUGUUCCGGCUGGUGCGCUGCGGCCGCCUGGAAGCUGCGCGGCAGCUGUGCCAUGAAGUUGGGCAGCCCUGGCGGGCAGCUUCCCUGGGCAGCGGCGGCGGCCUUGGCCUGAUCCCCCUCGGGGUUGCUGCGGAGCAUGCAGAGGCCAGGAGCGUGGAGGAGUGCGAUGAGGAGCUGGCAUCAGAAGUUGAGCUGGGCAGCGGCACGCUGCGCGCGCUGUGGCGCUGGGCCUGCUACCAGGCAAGCACUUCACAGAUCACUCAUUACCACUCCCUGCAAAGUGCGUCUGAGCGUGUCAGCCAGCCAUCCUCUGGACAGCAGGAGGCCGCACUGUAUGGCGCGCUGGCCGGCAAUGUGGAGCGCGUGCUGCCGGCAUGUGCCAGCUGGCAGGACGCCACAUGGGCGCUGACUCGCAGCUGGCUGGAGGCGGAAGUGGACGCAGCUCUGGAGGUGCCGGCUGCAGACGAGGGCAUCUCUCUGGAGGCGUUGGUUGCGGCGGCAGGGAACUCCAACGCAGACAUUGACGUCCUGGGCGAAGGCCUCAGCGUCGGGCAGGGCAAAUGGCCUCUGGACAAGCUGGUCAGGCAGCUGCCCGGCAGCUUUGAGGAGGUCUUCGGUGCAGCUUCGCGCUUCGUGCCGGCUUCCAGCAGGACGGAAGCUGACAACCCGUCCAGUCAGCAGCGCGUCGUGCAGACAGAGCUCAUCAGGGGCCCAGACCGCUGGUGGAAUCUGCUCGUUGACCGCCUGCCUUCCUGGGUCACACCGGCGGUGGACGAGAUGGCGGACGAGCUGGACAACGCCGAGCCGCCGGGGCCGCGCGCGCAGCCGCCGAAAUGCGCGGCCGGCACGCUGCGCUUUGCCGCGCACUUGGGCCUCGCGCUCAGCGCGCUCGGCCUCGUCCCGCCGCCGCACGACACCGGCGUCAGCCUCCGCCACCGCGACCUGCAGGACUCGGUGAAUGCACUGCUGCAGCUGUACCUGGUGCACCUGAUCGACAGCGGCCAGCACGCGCUGCUGCCGCUCUACGCCUGCCACUUGCGCGCGGACGUGCGCAGAGAGGUGUAUGGCCUGUUCCUGAGCCUGCUGACGGCCAGCGCUGACAUGGACGCAUGCGUGCGCGCCUUCGAGGAGGGCAGCCUCUGGUUCGGCGCCUGGGCCGAGGCCGGCCGCGGCGACGUGGAUCUCACAGAGAUGGCCAUCAUCGUCGAGCAGGUGGCGGAGAAGUCGCGCUGGGGCGUCAAGAGCGGCCCGGUGCUGCGCGCGGCGGCCGCUCGGUGGCUCUGGUUCUCCCCGGCAACGCUCGAGCCGGCGGCGGCGCACGCGAAUCAGCUCCUGCGCGAGUUCGCGCUCGGAGCCGGGGCCGGCCCCGCCGCGGCGGCCGCCGCACUGCUGCAGCUGCUGCCGGCGGAAGUGCGAGCUGCGCUCGAGCAGGGGACCCCGGAGGCCCUCGAGGGUUAUGGCGAUGAGCUGGCAGCGCCCAUGCUGGAGCUGCGGGCGUGGGCUGCCUAUUUUGCCGCUGACAGGCUAUACCGAGAAUGGGCGGAGCUGCACACGCGCCUGUUCUUGGAGCGGCCGAUGCCGCCAUCGCCGGAGGAGCGGCAGCUGCUGCGUGAGAGGGGCGCUGCUGCACUGCAGGCGCUGCUGGGGGCAGUCAGCGACCAGCUGCUGCUCUACAUUGCGCCUGACGGCCUGCCUGGACAGGGCCCACAGACAUUCACGCUGUUCGUCACAGCAGAGCCGGGCCAGGAAGCUUCCGAGGAAGCUGCCUCGGGGGAGGAAUACCCUGUUUUGGCUCCGGAGGAUGCAGCCGCGCUCGCUGCCGAACUCAACCAGGCGUUCGCGGGCGCCCUGGCGCCCGCUGCCGGCCAGCAAUCCCCUGAGCUCUUCGAGCUGCGCAUCGAGGCGCGCUCGGCGGCGCAGCAGCCGCUGCCGGGGGGCGCAGUGGGCCCCCCGGUGCAGGGGGUGGUCCAGGUGGACGCGUAUUGUGGCCUGCCGGAGGGCCUCCCGGCGCUGACUCAGCUGCUGGCCGACGCGCUCAAGGGCCUGCUGCCCGGCUGCCCGCGCCCGCUGCAGGCUGUCAAUCUGGCUGGCCCCGAGACUGCGCAGGCCAAUCUGUGCCAGGCUGUGUGCUAUCCGAGGUCGCUGCUGCGCUGUGCUGCACUCCGACAGGCUCUGCUGGCGCUUGGCGAGCCCGGCAGCACUGGCGAGGAGGUUAUAGAGCUUGUGGCUGGCGGAGGAGGGAACGGUGAAGGGGUGUCCAGAUAUUUUGCACCGGCGGAGAUCCAACAACUGCUGGAUCUGGAGCGCAGCGCUGCUGUGCAUGAAGAGGAGGCAGCGCCUGAUUUGCGUCUCCAACUCGUCAGCGCAGCGCCUGAUGUGGAUACAACAGGACUGGCGCUCAUGGACAACACAGUGGUCCAAAAAGCAGCCACACGACACCUGCAAGAUGCCACUGCGAGGCAGGUGAUGGUGAACCUUCCUUACGAGGAGAUGCAUGCGCCAGUGGUGGGUCCUGCGCACCCUUACCAGAAGGACGGCAUAGCUGCAGGCAUGAAGAACCACAGAACAGGGCAUGUUGAGGACUUCAACAUGCACUCGUUCCACUUUGACGACCAGUACAACACCUUUCACAGCUAUGGUUAUGCGGUGGCCCCUGGCAGCCAAUCUGUGGUUGGUGACGAGGAGGCUCUUGCGGAGAAGAAAGGGGAGAGUGUGUACACAAUGGCAGGGCAGGCAAAGCGGAGAAAACCAAAUGCGGAGAGGAAAGCAGAGGAGGAGCAGAAGAAGGCUGAGCGUGGGGAGGCUGACCCAGAGGAGCCCUGGACGAUGCAGGUGCGGCAGCCGUGGGCGGAUGUGGAGGUGAAGGCGGCGCAGCCGACGGCGGAGCAGAUGGAGUGGCUGGAGAAGGAGGGCUUCCUCAAGGACGAGGAAGAGGAAGAGCCGGCCGAGGGCGAGGAGGGCGCCGAAAAGCCCAAGCGGGGCCGCAAGGGGCGGCAGGCGGCGGCGGCGAAGAUUCCGGAGAAGAGCCACUUCCACGGCAAGGAGGAGCGCAACCCAGUCACAGGGCGCACAUGGCUGGAUCCUCCCAAGAACAAGAAGAAGGAGAACGAGUAUUGUUACCUGCCCAAGAAGUGGGUGCACACCUGGUCGGGGCACACCAAGGGGGUCAACGCCAUCCGCUUCUUCCCUACCACUGGUCACCUGCUGCUGUCUGCUGGUCUGGAUGGCAAGGUGAAGAUCUGGGAUGUGUACGGCAAUGGCAAGUGCAUGCGCACCUACAUGGGCUUCUCUAAGGGUGUAAAGGACAUUUCCUUCAGCAACGACGGCAGAAAGUUCCUGAGCACGAGCUAUGACAAGGUGGUCAAGCUGUGGGACACAGAGACUGGGCAGGUGCUGCGGAGCUUCGGGGAGGGGAAGAUGUUUUUCACAGCGCGGUUCCACCCCAGCGAUGACAAACAGAAUGUCAUCAUGGGUGGCUGCGCCGACAAGAAGAUCCACCAGUGGGACUCCGACACUGGCGACCUCGUGCAGGAGUACAACUAUCACUUGGGCGCGGUGAACACGGUCACCUUCGUGGACGAGGGGCGGCGAUUCGUAUCCACGUCGGACGACAAAACGAUCCGCGUGUGGGAGUUUGGGAUCCCGGUGCAGAUCAAAUACAUCGCAGACCCCUCCCUACACUCCAUCCCCGCCGUGGCAGUCCACCCCAAUUCCCAGUGGCUCAUCGGCACCUCCCUGGACAACCAGAUUGUCACCUACGCCGCGCGCGAUCGCUUCCGCCAGAACCGGAAGAAGAUCUUCAAGGGGCACACGGUGGCAGGGUAUGCGUGCCAGCCCAACUUCUCGCCGGACGGGCGCUAUGUGAUGAGCGGGGACGGGGAGGGGCGGCUCUGGUUCUGGGACUGGAAGACAUGCAAGCCGUACCGGACUAUCAAGGCGCACGAGGGUGUUUGCAUCGAUGCAGAGUGGCACCCUCUGGAGAGCUCCAAGGUCGCCACCUGCAGCUGGGACGGCCAGAUCAAGUACUGGGACUGA